AUGCCUGGAAGGACUGCUUUCCAAGAAAACGCAAACACAGAGGAGAUGGAAGUUCUCCGGAUGAAUCUGGCAAAGGUCCGUAUUCCGGAGCCUACCAAUCGCAUAUACAAGCAGGAAUGCUGCAUCAGUUUCGAUACUCCGAAAUCCGAAGGUGGAUUGUUUGUGGACAUGAACACGUUUCUUGCAUUUGGUAAGGACUACGUUGGCUGGAACUUUGAGAAAACUGGUAACCCGGUUUAUCUCCAUAUAAAACAAACAAAGAAAGCAAUCCCUGAAGAUAGACCUUUGAAGAAACCUACACUCUUGGCUAUAGGUGUUGAUGGUGGAUUUGAUAACCAAGAACCUGAAUAUGACGAAACUUACAACAUAAUAAUUCUCCCAGACUAUGCAACUCUCCCAUUUCCAUCAGUGCAAUUGCCUGAAAAGGUAAGAUUGGCAGUUGAUGCAAUUUUGAUUGCUGAGGGUGCUGAGAGGAAAGAACAACUUGCAUCAUGGACAGCUGAUAAGAAGCAAAUAAGUGAACAUGCAUUGACAUUAAAACAGAUAGAUAAUGGUGUCAUUGUUCCUCCAUCUGGAUGGAAAUGUGCAAAGUGUGACAAGACUGAAAAUCUUUGGUUGAAUUUGAGUGAUGGAAUGAUUUUAUGUGGGAGGAAAUUAUGGGAUGGAAGUGGUGGAAAUAAUCAUGCCAUUGAUCAUUACAAUGAAACUCAUUAUCCUCUUGCUGUAAAGCUUGGGACAAUAACUUCUGAUCUUGAAGGAGCAGAUGUUUUUUCUUAUCCGGAGGAUGAAAGUGUUACUGAUCCUCUUUUGGCUGAACAUUUGGCAUUUUUUGGCAUUGAUUUUUCCUCAUUGCAAAAGACAGAAAUGACAACAGCUGAAAAGGAACUUGACCAAAAUACAAACUUUGACUGGAAUCGGAUUCAAGAAAGUGGUCAAGAAGUUGAACCGAUUUAUGGACCUGGAUACACAGGGCUUGUGAAUCUUGGAAACAGUUGUUAUUUGGCUUCAACUAUGCAAGUUGUUUUCUCAACUCAUUCGUUUUGUUCACGAUACUACAAGAACCAAAAUUUGAAAAUGGCUUUUGAUAAUGCUCCUGCUGAUCCAACUGUAGACUUGAAUAUGCAGUUAACAAAACUUGCUAAUGGUUUGCUUUCUGGUAAAUAUUCCAUGCCAGCUGUGCAGAAUAAUGAUGUGGACUCAUCUCCAAAUUCUAAACAAGAAGGGAUUCGUCCCAGAAUGUUCAAGGCAGUAAUUGCAGCCAGUCAUCCAGAAUUUUCAACCAUGCGUCAACAGGAUGCACUAGAGUUUUUUUUACAUUUGAUAGAGCAAGUUGAGCGAAUUCAUUCUGGAAACCCUAAUUUGGAUCCUUCUAGAAGCUUCAAAUUUGGUAUUGAAGAGCGAUUACAAUGUCCUUCUGGAAAAGUUGCUUACAACAAAAGGCAUGACUAUAUUCUUUCCUUGAAUAUUCCACUUGAUAAAGCUACCAACAAAAAGGAACUGGACGAGUUUCAGAAAUAUAAGACGCAAAAAGAGGCAAAGGGGGAGAAACUGUCUUCAGAAGAAAUUGUGCGCCCAAGAGUGCCAUUAAGUGAUUGUUUGGAUAGCUUUUCUUCACCUGAAGAUGUUCAAGGAUUUUUUAGCACUGCAUUAAAUACUAGGACAACAGCAAUCAAAACCGCAGGUCUGACUUCAUUCCCUGAUUAUCUGGUACUCCAUAUGAGGAAAUUUGUAAUGGAAGCUGGUUGGGUGCCUAAAAAGCUUGAUGUUUACAUAGAUGCUGAUGACAUCAUCGAUAUUAGUCACAUGAGAAGCAAAGGCUUACAACCAGGCGAAGAGUUGUUACCUGAAGAUGGUCCUGGAGGACAGGAAGAGUCAACAAAGGUUAUGGCAAAUGAAGAUAUUGUGUCCCAACUUGCUGGAAUGGGAUUUAAUCAUCUGCAUUGUCAAAAGGCUGCAAUUAAUACUUCAAAUGUUGGUGUAGAAGAGGCCAUGAAUUGGUUGCUUUCCCACAUGGAUGAUCCAGAUAUUGAUGCUCCGAUUCAGAAAGAGGCAGGAAACAAUGAUGUUGAUCCAUCAAAGAUUGCUAUGUUGGUUUCGUUUGGAUUUGAAGAAGAAGUAGCUAAGAAGGCUUUAAAGGCAUCGGGGGGUGAUAUUGAGAAAGCAACAGAUUGGAUUUUUAACCCCCCUGCUUCAUCUGGGCCUAUGGAUAUGGAUGCCACAUCAAGCAGUGGACCCACUACUACCACUGUGGACCCCACAUUACCCGAUGGAAAUGGAAAAUAUAGACUGAUUGGGCUAGUGAGCCACAUAGGCAGCAACACACAGUGUGGGCAUUAUGUAGCCCACGUGUACAAAGAAGGAAGAUGGGUGAUUUUUAAUGAUGAUAAAGUGGGUGUUUCUAAAGACCCUCCAAAAGACAUGGCAUACCUCUAUUUCUAUGAAAGGAUCCAAACUUGAAACAAGAACCCCCACAUACCUGGUUUUUUCUUUGAAUCUGGAACAUGGAAGGUAGAAUAGAC